CUUCAAUCCACGAAGAAUAACGGUUUUGGUCUGACGCGCAUGCGCACUGGGCCAACAGUCCGUUCGCGCGGGUGUCUAGUGCUUGCCUGUUUGCGUCAGUAAAGUUGGUUUAACGUCGGUAAACUCAGACAGUCUCUGUAAGGCCGCUUUUCUCCGAUAAAUGGUUCGUUUUCGGUGUGAAACAUGAAGCUUGGCGCCGUUUCUGUCACCGUUUAAACCACCUACAAACAGCUGCUAGCUCGGACAUUAGCCGAAGCUAAAGGAAGCUCUAAACGACCCGGUGAGCAGCUCAGGCUGCUCCCUGCUGAGCUGUGACGUCAGAGAGGAGGAAGAGGAAGAUGUCUCCGGUGUCAGACCCGGAGGUGAACUCGGUGCUGGGCAGAGGAGAGCAGGCCCAAGAGGCAGCGCUGUCCCGAGAGGACUGCCUGUGUCCUGUCUGCCUGGAGAUCUUCAUGGAGCCUGUGACACUGCCCUGCACCCACACCUUCUGCAAGGUGUGUUUCCUGGAAACAGUGGAUAAAGCCACACUGUGCUGCCCUGUGUGCAGAAAGAGAGUCUCCACCUGGGCCAGGUUACACAGCAGGACCAACACGCUUGUGAAUGAUCAGCUCUGGAGGCGGAUCCAGACCUGUUUCCCCCUGCAGUGUGAGCGUCGCUUCAGCGGGCAGGAUGAGGCCGAGGAUCCACAUCCAGCGUUGGUGUGUUUCCGCAGAGUCAGUGAGCCUGGAGAGCUGAGGCAGGAGUAUGAAGACCAGAUCACUAAACUGACUGAGGAGAAGCAAGUGCUGGAGGAGGAGCAGAGGAGGGCCAGUGAGGAGUACAUCCAGAGACUACUUGCUGAGGAAGAGCAGCUGCUGCAGGAGGAGAGCAAGAGGACAGAGGAAGACGAACGGCUGGCCAGACUGCUCAGUGACCAGUUGAACUCUGCUCCCGUCUCUGAGGAAAACCUCCAUCAUGUUGAUGUGACAUCAGUGAAGAAGAAGAAGGAGGUCUCCGUGGGACACAUUGAGAAGUUCCUUUGUCCCCGUAUGGCUCCUCCCAGGUCCACCUUUAGCUCUGCUUCUAGCCGUGUGAUCAACAAGGAGAACAUCCUCCUUUCAGAGGUGGAGCUACCAGUGGAGCGCCCACUGCCUCGACUGGAUUAUUAUGAACAUCAGAUAGCACUCCACCCACAUGAGGACGGGGAGGAACGUCAACUGGGGCAUCAGGUGAUCAGACACGGAGGAUCUUCAUCGGCCAAGAGGAAGAGCUCAGAGCUGGAGGCCACAGAGGUGGAGGAGGAGACAAGCACCAAGAGAGGCUGUCAUCUUCUCUGCUCCUCCUCCACCCUGCAGGAGGUGGCUGAGUGGGAGUUACAGGACAGGCGGAGGCAGGAGGAGGAGGAUCGGAGGCUUGCUCUGCUCCUGCAAAAGCAGCUCGACCAGGAGGAGAGACAGCAAGCCACUGACAGACGCAAAGGCUCCGCCGACGCUUAUCAACUCCGCCAGCUCCAAGGAGCCAAGGAGGAGGCCCACACCCCCAUCACAAUGGGAAAAGACUCCAGAAGAGUGCCAAAGACCUGCACCACCCCAUCUUCCUCGUCCUCCAAGACCUCUGUAUCCUCCUCUCCAUCUUAGAACACUCUGAAGCCCUCCUCCUCCUCCUCCUCAGGGAGGGGGUGUAAACAGACCCUUCUAACUGAGAUGUUCUCCACCCUCAGCAGCUGAGUCUCCUCCUCCUUCUUCUUUCCCACAGAAACAUGAAUAAAGUGAGCAGACGGACA